UAUGUUCCUCUUCACCUGCCAUGAAUUUGACAUUGAUCAACUCCUCCUGGAUUAUUCCACAUCGAGAUAUUAAGCAUCACAUUAUCCAUAAGAAUUCAUUUUUCUUCUUUCUUCUUGUCAAAGAAUUGAGUGAACAGAAAACUCUUCUGGACUGAAACUAUGAAGUUGCUAGAUUGGAUGCAUCGCAAGUUUAGGAAUGGUGAUCCACUAAAAGAAUUUGCUACAGGAAACCCUUGUACUUGUCUUAUGGGGCAACCAUCACUUGAUGAUCCAGAGUACUAUCCUAAAUCAAACUAUUACGCCAAGACAUCGAGCAAAGCACGUGAAAACCAGCUCCUUAAAUCAUUUUCAUGCAUAAGAUCAGAUGACGAGCACAUGGGAGAAGAAUCAUCUGCUGCUCUUUCUGAACUCUUUCAUGGAUUUUUGGCGAUUGGGACUCUUGGAAUAGAUCCAGUUAAUAGCGAUCCAGCAACACCAACAUUCUCCACCUCAGUUGAGUAUAUUAUGGAAAAAGAAACCGAGGCAACAGAAAAUGAACUGCAGUUCAUCAAUGAUGAGUUGGAGAAAGUGCUGGGUGCUGAAGGAAAAGAAGAUGACUCAUCUGGGAGAAACAGUUACGUCAGUAUUGGAAGAAGCAGUCAUGGAAGCACAAUUACACUUAGUGGCAAACCUUUAGAAGCUGCAGAAAAUGAAAAUGGAGCAGUUGCCUGCCCACUUCAGGGUUAUCUCUUUGGAUCAACAAUUGGACUGCCGGAAACGACUACAGGAAAGAAAGAACAUAGAACAUCACUAGGGGAAUUGUUUCAGAAAACUAAAAUGGCAGAGGAAAAUAGUGGACUUAAAUGCAACAGGAUAGAAAAACAGAAGGAGAGAGACACUGAUAAAUCUGCUGUCCACUUGAUGAAAAAGAUUCUGAAAGGAAGAAAAUCUUCAGGAGGAACCAAUAUUGAUAAUGCUUCAGCGGAUAAGAAAGUGCACAAGAUCCUACAUCUGUUCCACAGGAAAGUUCAUCCUGAAACUACAACAAAAUCGCAAAAUCACUCCAAGUAUUUGAGAAACAGCAUCUGUGACAACGAGGACGGACAUAAAAGAAGAAACCAAAUGCUGCCUGAGGAAGAUAUUAGUAUAUUUCCUGAGAAAGAGAUUUCAAAAAAGGGUGCAAACACCACAAGAAUCAACAUGCCCCAGGGUCCAUGUGGUGCCGGUGAUUCGAAUGGAAACAGAGAAUGCUGGAUCAAAUCAGAUGCAGACUAUCUGGUGCUAGAACUGUAGAAGACAAACCAAGCAGUAUGCGAUGAAGCACCGAUUGAAUCCUUCCCUGGAAGAAGUGUAUUAUGUAUGAAUUAUUCUAUUGAUAAGCAUGGCAAAAAGAUGUUUGAGUCUUGUAUAAUAGCGAGCUUGUGAUAAUAAUAUCUGUUUGUAUUCAAGCAUAAUCUAUGCAUCAGACAUUAAAACAGAACUUGUAAUAGUACUUCAGGGAUGCUUGAUUCAUAUAAAGUUAAUUUUUUUCAACCGA